AGGGGGAAAAAAAAAAAUUCCCCAAUCUCUCCAUUGACCCCUUCGGCGGAGAAGGAACCCAUUUCUUCGAAUUCCCAAACUCGACUCCAUUGCAGCUUGCAGGGACCUAUUCAUCUUCCAGGAAGCUCAGGUCCCUGAGAACGCGAAGCGGAGCGACGGGCCGUGAGUGCAGAGAAAUAACAGGGCAAAUCAGCAUCCAUGUCUUCCAAUAUUCUCUAUCUCCUUGUGUUCUUAACUUCUCUUCGCCUCUCUUUAUCAGAUGAUACACACUCAAUGGAGUCGGUUCCUGAUCUUCAAAAUUCAAUGUACCUAGUUGUUGAUGGUUAUCCAUGCAUUCGGUUACUCAAUCUCUCUGGAGAAAUCGGUUGUUCAAAUCCUGGACGAGAGAAGGUUGUAGUUCCAAUGAUUAACUUCAAAGAUGCGGAUGAGCUAUCGCAACCAUCUGCCAUUGUAGUUUCAAUGGAUGAAAUCUCGAGUUUCUUUUCUAGAUUAAAGGAUGAUUCCAAUUUUGCAAAUAAUGUCGGUGGUGUUUUAAUCGAACCGGGAACUGAAAUGCAAAAUAGAACAGAAGGAUUUUCUCCUGCUCGAAAGUUUCCACAAGCUGAAUUUGCUCCUUACCAAAAAGUUGACUAUGAUUGGAACCCAAUUGGAUCUGGAAUUAUGUGGAAACAAUAUAACUUUCCUGUUUUCUUGAUAUCUGAGACCAGCAUUUCGUCUAUACAUGAAGCUUCUUCAAAAAAUGUGAAGAAUAAGAAAGCUUACACAUCGAAUGUUGCUGAAUUUGAUCUGGUGAUGCAGACGACUAAGGCUGGGACUCAUAAUUCAGUGUCUUGUUUGAAAGAAGAAACAUGCCUUCCAUUAGGUGGAUACAGUGUCUGGUCGUCGCUUCCUCCAAUCAAUAUUUCCUCAGAUCAGUCGAAGCCCAUCAUUCUAACGGUAGCAUCAAUGGAUUCUGCUUCUUUCUUCCGUGAUAAAAGCAUUGGUGCAGACUCCCCCAUUUCUGGUCUGAUUGCAUUGCUGGCUGCAGUUGAUGCACUUUCCCAUGUGGAUGGACUGGAUGAUCUUCAUAAGCAGCUCGUUUUUGCUGUUUUCACUGGAGAGUCCUGGGGCUACCUUGGUAGUAGGAGAUUUUUGCUUGAACUUGAUUUGCAGUCUGAUGUUGUCAGUGGCCUUAACAAUAAAUUGAUUGAUACGGUUUUUGAAAUUGGCUCUGUUGGAAAGAGCUCCAGUCAUGGGAUUGGGAACUUCUUCGCUCACAUGACAGAGGUUUCAUCUUCUAAGAAUGAGACAUGGAAUGCCUUGAAGCAUGCUCAAGAAUCACUUCCAUUUGAGAUCACAAAAAUCUCACCAGCAAGUACUACAAAUCCAGGGAUACCACCAUCUUCGUUGAUGGCAUUUCUGAAAAAGAACUCGCAUGUCUCUGGGGUGGUUUUAGAAGACUUUGAUACUGGGUUUACGAAUCAAUUCUACCAGAGUCACCUCGAUGAUUUAUAUAAUAUAAACUCAUCAGCUAUUGAAGCAGCUGCUUUACUUGUUGCUCGAACUCUUUACAUUCUUGCAACCAACAAAAAAGAAUUGAUUAGUUCUGCAAUAACUUCUAUCAAAGUGAACACCUCGUUGGUUGAGGAGCUUAUAGGAUGCCUCUUGAAUUGUGACCCUGGUCUCUCUUGCGAGCUGGUGAAGAGAUAUAUUUCCCCCACCAGUGUCUGUCCAAACCAUUAUGUUGGUGUAAUCCUUGAUGAACCUUCCUCUACUCCUUAUCCUGGUUACGUUCACGACGUUUCGAGAUUUGUUUGGAACUUUUUGGCUGACAGAACAUCUAUUUCUAAAGAGAAUACUAGCUCAGCCUGUUCACCGAAUUGCAACGACAAAAGUGAGGUGUGCAUUGGAGCAGAGAUUGGAAAGGGAACUUGUGUUAUAUCAACUACCAGGUAUGUUCCAGCAUACUCCACUCGAUUGAAGUAUGAAUCUGGAUCUUGGUAUGUGCUUCCUUCGAAUUCAUCGGAUCCAAUGGGGGCUGUCGAUCCUGUUUGGACCGAGAGCAAUUGGAAUACCAUAGGACUCCGAAUGUACACCAUCCAAACUACUGCAUACGAUCGUUUUGUCUUACUAGGCGGCAUUACUACCACAAUCUUGGCUUAUUUUGCAAUAGUAGCUGUGCGAGGCUCCAUUAUAAAGGCUUUGAAGAGAGAUUGAUACGACGUUUUAGGUAAAUGAAUGGGGAACUACUAAACAAGAAAGGUGAGUUCUCAUUUCUUAGGAUGUUGGAUGUAAUUGCUGAGGUGUUGUAUUGUUUAAUGUUGCAACCCUCUGCCUCCCACUGAUGAAGGGUAGGAGCUGAUGCCAUUGAAGCUUACAUGUUAGUUCACAAAUGAUAUUAUACUGGAUCAAGUAUUCUGGGCGAGAACUCUGUAUAGUUUCUUGAUAUGUUUUCAUCUUGUAGUUAUCUUACCUCAGGUGCGGCUUCUAGACACGAUGUCCUUGCUUGGUCAUUACAGAAAAGCCAUUGAUGACCUCGAAGCAGGUAUAUCAAAGGCAUUUUCUUCUGUAUAUUUUGAUUGAAUAGUUUAUUGGAAUUAGACGUAGACAAUUCUUUAUGGAUACUGUUUCUAA